AUGAGGCUCCUGACCAAAGUGUAUUCCCCAGAUUUUCUCCUGAUCAUCGAGCCCCAAAUCAGUGGGGAUAGAGCCACUACAGUUUGCAACAAUUUGGGGUAUGGAGAUGUCAUUCGUGUGGAUGCAGAAGGUCGCAGUGGGAGCAUUUGGUUGGCAUGGAGAUCCUAUGACUUCCAAAUCCAGCUCAUUGACGCUAGCCAGCAACAUGUAACUGUCAAGGUCUCCAACAACACGCAGCGUGAAUGGCUCCUCACUGGGGUUUAUGGAAGCCCCAAUUACAGAUUCCAUCAUAUGCUGUGGAAUCACCUCAUCGAAUUCGGUCGCAGUUUGGAAAUUCCCUGGCUGGUGACAGGAGAUUUCAAUGCUUACUACUCUCCUUCGGAGAAGGCUGGCACCGUUUCUACCGCCUCCCUCCGUAGAUGCCAGCAAUUCACAGAUUGGAUAAAUGAAGCAAACCUUUUUGACUUGGGGUUUUCAGGGGCUCAGUAUACGUGGUGUAGGAGGGACUCCAACAACUCUUUUAAAGCCAGCCGGAUCGACCGAAGUCUCUGCAAUUCUGCGUGGAAUGCCGCCUUUGCCAACACCUCGACCCGACACCUUCCCAAGCUGCACUCGGAUCAUCUUCCUAUACUUACCUCUUACUCUGGUCUCUCUUAUAAUGAUGGGGGAGCCAAGCCUUUUCGCUUUGAAGCUGCGUGGCUGCUCCAUAACAAUUUCUCGGAGUUUUCUGCAGAAAACUGGAAUGUGGAUGGGGAUUUCAAUCAAGGGCUAAAAGACAUCUCUACAAAGCUCCAAGAGUGGAAUAGACUCACGUUCGGCAUCAUUGGACAUUGUAAUAAGAGACUUUUGGCGAGGAUUCAAGGAGUUCAAACCAAAAUCGCCACCUCACCAUCCCCCGGUCUUUUCAAGCUGCAAGCGAAGCUUGAAAAAGAGCUAGAUGACCUCCUUGCGCAGGAGGAAAUCAUUUGGUUUCAAAGAGCAAAAGAAACUUGGGUUAAGCUAGGGGAGAUGAACACCUCCUACUUCCACCAACAAGCCAAUCGUCGUAGAAGAAGGAACAAGAUCAUCUCCUUGCGGAAUCAUAGUGGAGAGUGGGUAGAGGACCCUGCGCAGCUCCGAGACUUGAUCGUCUCCUUUUUCAGACUUCUCUACACGCAGGAUGAGCUCGUUUACAGCGACCUGAUGCCGAAGAAUUGUUUUCCGAGGAUUAAAAACAAGGAUCUUCUCACUCUCUUGCGUCCUUUCCAAAUUAAUGACUUUCACAGGGCAAUUUUUGAUAUGAAACCUUACGCGGCUCCUGGUCCGGAUGGCUUCCAAGCGAUCUUCUACCAAAAGAUGUGGUCACUAGUGGGAAAAGGUUUAACUCACAUGGCUGUUAAGUUUUUUGAGACAGGUGAAAUAGAAGAGGAGGCGUUGGAGUCAACAGUGGUCUUGAUUCCCAAGACGGAGAGCCCAGCCCAGUUUCGACCUAUCUGCCUCAACAAUGUUCGCCUCAAAGUCAUAACCAAGGCGAUUACCAACCGUAUAAAGCCUCUAAUGAAGAAUUGGGUGGCUCCAACCCAAAACAGUUUCAUCACCGGCCGCCAAACUACGGAUAACAUCCUGAUUCUGCAGGAAGCCAUCCACUCUUUUAGGAAGAAGAAGAAGCGGGGGAAAGGAGGGCUGGUGAUCAAAAUUGACUUGGAAAAAUCCUAUGACAGGCUCAGAUGGGAUUUCAUCAGAGACACCUUGGCGCAACUUGGGCUCCCCAGCACCUGGAUUAGCCGGAUCAUGUUCUGUGUGGAGAGGAACAAGAUGCGAAUUAACUGGAAUGGGGAACUGACCGAGCAAAUUAUUCCCACUAGAGGGGUCCGUCAGGGGGACCCUCUCUCCCCUUAUCUUUUUGUUCUCUGUAUGGAACGGCUUUCUCACAGGAUUCAGCAGGCAGUAACCAAGAAACUGUGGAAACCUCUCCAGCUAUCAAAAAAUGGUCCUAAAAUUUCACACUUGUUUUUUGCUGAUGAUUUUUUUUUGUUUGCAGAAGCUGAAGGUCGUCAGAUUGACAUUAUUCGGAAAUGCUUAGACGAUUUUUGUUCUAGCUCAGGCCAAAAAGUCAAUCUAAGUAAGUCCACGAUAAUGAUAUCUCCUAAUGUGUCCCGGGACAGGAGACAAAGGCUGGAGAACCGAGCUGGCAUCCCUACCACGACAGACUUGGGAAAAUACUUAGGGAUUCAUACAAUCAACGGAAGGGUCUCCAAAGCUAGAUACAAGGAGCUCACAGUUAGAAUUCAGAAGCACCUGGCUAAUUGGAAAACCCGACACCUUUCCAUCGCGGCUCAAAUGACCUUGGUGCAUUCUAUAUCCUCCUCCAUGUCGGUUUACCCUAUGUUUACCGAGCAACUUCCUACAUCUGUGUGUUCCUCUAUUGACAGGAUCAACAGGCAAUUCAUCUGGGGGAUGAAGAAGGGAAGUCCGGUUUCCACCCCAUCGCCUGGGACCAAAUGGUGGUGCCACGAAGCCAAGGAGGAGCUGGUACACGACCCACUAGACUGGCUAAUCAAGCCAUGCUGGCGAAAGGAUCUUGGAAGCUGGCGACCAACGAUCAGACUCUCUGGGUGCGGAUCAUGA